AUGGCGGCGCACCUGUCCUAUGGGCGAGUGAACCUGAACGUGCUGCGCGAGGCGGUGCGUCGGGAGCUGCGCGAAUUCCUGGACAAGUGCGCGGGAAGCAAGGCAAUAGUUUGGGAUGAAUACCUCACAGGACCAUUUGGCCUGAUUGCACAAUAUUCACUACUGAAGGAACAUGAAGUGGAAAAAAUGUUCACCCUUAAAGGAAGUCGUUUGCCGGCAGCUGAUGUCAAGAAUAUUAUUUUUUUUGUCAGACCCAGGCUAGAAUUGAUGGAUAUAAUUGCUGAAAAUGUGCUCAGUGAAGACAGACGUGGCCCAGCAAGAGAUUUCCACAUUUUGUUUGUGCCACGACGUAGCUUACUGUGUGAACAGCGGCUGAAGGAUCUGGGUGUGUUGGGCUCCUUCAUUCACAGGGAGGAGUAUAGCUUGGAUCUCAUUCCCUUUGACGGGGAUCUCUUAUCCAUGGAAUCAGAGGGAGCCUUCAAAGAGUGCUACCUGGAGAGCGACCAGACCUGCCUCUACCACGCGGCCAAGGGGCUGAUGACGCUGCAGGCUCUGUACGGGACCAUCCCGCAGAUCUUCGGGAAAGGAGAGUGCGCCCGGCAAGUGGCCAACAUGAUGAUCAGGAUGAAGAGAGAGUUCACAGGAAGCCAGAAUUCCGUAUUUCCUGUUUUUGAUAAUCUCUUACUGCUCGAUCGAAAUGUGGACUUAUUAACACCCCUGGCCACUCAGCUGACGUACGAAGGACUCAUCGAUGAAAUUUACGGCAUCCAGAACAGUUACGUGAAGUUACCUCCAGAGAAAUUCGCGCCCAAGAAGCAGGGCGACGGCGGCAAGGAUCUUCCCACGGAAGCCAAGAAGCUGCAGCUGAACUCCGCGGAGGAGCUGUACGCCGAGAUCCGCGACAAGAACUUCAACGCCGUGGGCUCCGUGCUCAGCAAGAAAGCCAAGGUGAUCUCGGCUGCGUUUGAGGAGAGGCACAACGCCAAGACGGUGGGGGAGAUCAAGCAGUUCGUCUCCCAGCUGCCCCACAUGCAGGCCGCCCGCGGCUCGCUGGCGAACCACACCUCCAUCGCAGAGCUCAUCAAAGAUGUCACCACUUCUGAAGACUUCUUUGAUAAGUUGACAGUGGAGCAGGAGUUUAUGUCUGGAAUAGACACUGAUAAGGUCAAUGGUUACAUUGAGGACUGUAUUGCCCAGAAGCAUUCGCUGAUCAAGGUGUUAAGACUUGUUUGCCUCCAGUCGGUGUGCAAUAGUGGACUCAAACAAAAGGUUCUGGAUUAUUACAAAAGAGAAAUUCUCCAGACGUAUGGCUACGAGCACAUUUUGACCUUACACAACCUGGAGAAGGCUGGCCUGCUGAAACCGCAGAUCGGGGGCAGGAACAAUUACCCGACCAUCCGGAAAACCCUGCGCCUCUGGAUGGAUGACGUCAACGAGCAAAGUCCCACGGACAUAUCCUACGUGUACAGUGGCUACGCCCCUCUGAGCGUGCGGCUGGCCCAGCUGCUCUCCCGGCCUGGCUGGCGGAGCAUUGAGGAAGUCCUGCGCAUCCUCCCAGGGCCCCACUUUGAAGAAAGGCAGCCAUUGCCCACGGGAUUGCAAAAGAAACGCCAACCAGGGGAAAACCGAGUCACCCUGAUAUUCUUCCUCGGGGGCGUUACCUUUGCCGAAGUCGCUGCCCUGCGCUUUCUCUCCCAGUUGGAAGAUGGAGGCACGGAAUAUGUCAUUGCCACCACGAAACUAAUGAACGGGGCCACGUGGAUGGAGUCUCUGAUGGAAAAGCUUGUGUAG